GGGGACAUGGCAAUGCAUGAUUGAUUUUGUAUAUUUUCGGGAUUGGCAGAGGUGAGGGAAUCAGUUUGGGUAGGCCGUUUCUGAAAAGGAGAGGCAGAAGCCAUUGGGCAUCAAGGAAGGAGAGAUUCAUCUUCUUUGGAGAGAAAAAACCUGUAUCAAGAGAGGAGGAGGAAAUUAUCACCAGAGGAAAAUCCAACGACAACUUCAGCACCCAGGGUGUCCAACCAAAGCUACCCUCAAAUUUCAAUGAUUUCUAUCAAGCCCAACACAACCAGGUGAUCAGUGCUGUGAUUCUGGAGGCUUGCAGGAGGGUAGAAAGUUUCUGAUGUUUUGAGUUUUGUUUUUGAGUACUGAUUUGGAUGAUCCUCUGCUUUGAGUUGCUUCAAGGAUAGAGAAUUGUUUGGGAUGAAAGAUGCUAGUGUUGAUCUGGGUUUUUGCUGGAAGGAAGAAAAGAAGGUUCUGAAUUCUGAUAGAUAGUGGUUGGAGUCAAACUGAGAGAUUAAUUAGGGUGGUGUGUGAAUCCAAAUCCAAUGGAGUCACCAAUUGUGCAGCCGCAAGCUGUAUCAGCAAGCACGCCAAGGAAAAAAAUGACAAAACAAUUGACGGGUAAAAGGGAUGAUACCCCUUUGCAUUCUGCAGCCAGAGCAGGGAAUCUGAGCGUUCUGAAAGACACAGUUAGUUGCACUGAAGGGGCUGAACUGCGUGCGUUGUUGACAAAGCAGAACCAUGCUGGAGAAACGGUGCUUUAUGUAGCUGCUGAAUAUGGUUAUGUUGAUAUGGUUAGGGAAAUGAUUCAAUAUUACGAUCUUGCUGGUGCUGGAACUAAGGCAAGGAAUGGUUUUGAUGCACUCCACAUUGCUGCUAAACAAGGCGAUUUAGAUAUUGUGAAGAUCCUAAUGGAGGCUCAUUCUGAGUUGUCAAUGACAGUGGAUCCAUCCAACACCACAGCCCUGCACACUGCUGCAUUACAAGGGCACAUUGAGAUUGUAAAAUUUCUAUUGGAAGCAGGUAGUAGUCUGGCAACUAUUGCUAGAAGUAAUGGAAAAACAGCUUUACAUUCUGCAGCAAGAAAUGGACAUGUAGAGGUUGUGAAAGCACUUAUGGAGAAGGAGCCGGCAGUUGCAACGCGAACUGAUAAGAAGGGACAGACAGCACUUCACAUGGCAGUGAAGGGACAGAAUCUUGAGGUGGUGGAGGAGUUGAUAAAAGCUGAUCCCUCAACAAUAAACAUGGUUGAUAACAAGGGUAACACGCCACUGCAUAUAGCAACCAGGAAGGGCAGAGCUCAGAUUGUUAAGUUGCUUGUAGGACAGACAGAAACAGAUUCCUUGGCUGUUAACAAGUCUGGCGAAACUGCACUAGACACUGCUGAAAAAGCUGGGAACUCUGAAGUUAAAGACAUUCUACUGGAACACGGUGUUCGAAGUGCCAAAGCCUUAAAGACUCAGCCAGCAACAACCACAGCCCGUGAGUUGAAACAAACUGUGAGUGACAUAAAACAUGAAGUCCACUACCAGUUGGAACACACCCGCCAAACCAGAAGAGGUGUUCAAGGCAUUGCCAAACGUAUCAACAAAAUGCAUGCCGAAGGACUCAACAAUGCAAUAAACUCCACCACUGUGGUUGCAGUCCUCAUUGCCACAGUUGCCUUUGCAGCUAUUUUCACAGUCCCUGGCCAAUUUGCUGAUGAUCCAAAAGACAUUCCUCCAGGUUCGGGGAUGACCAUUGGUGAAGCAAACAUAGCCCCACAAGCUGCAUUUCUCAUUUUCUUUGUCUUUGAUUCCAUUGCCCUCUUCAUUUCUCUGGCUGUGGUGGUGGUGCAGACCUCGGUUGUGAUCAUAGAAAGCAAGGCAAAGAAGCAGAUGAUGGCCAUCAUUAACAAGCUAAUGUGGUUGGCUUGUGUGCUAAUUUCUGUGGCCUUCUUAGCACUGUCAUUUGUAGUGGUAGGGAAGGAUCAGAAAUGGCUUGCAAUUGGAGUCACUAUCAUAGGGACAACUAUAAUGGCCACAACUUUGGGCACCAUGUGUUACUGGGUUAUUAGGCAUCGCAUUGAGGCCUCAAAUCUAAGGAGCAUUCGGAAAUCUUCAAUGGGAAGCAGGUCAAGGUCUUUUUCAGUAUCAGUUAUGUCAGAUUCUGAGCUAUUAAACAAUGACCGCAAGAUACUUUAUGCCAUAUAGAAUCACUAAUAAAGCUUUGCUUGCUCUUUUCAUUUUCUCUCUUCUUUUCUGUGCCUCAUGGAUUUUUAUCCAACUACAGUGAUUAUCACACACUUCCCUGAUUAUCUACA